CGCCCAUUGCCUGUUGUAGAAAAUCGUGUCAAUUAUUAUUCUGAUUUUUUACUGAAAACAAUGGCAUCUCAUGAAGGAAAUAUUUCAGUUCGUGAACGAAGACGGGCUUACGGAAAGUGUACCCAUACCCAUUUUACUUCAAGACGUUUGUAAAGGGCCGCUGGAUUGGACGCACAUUAAUAGAUAUCUACUCUACAGAAUAUCAAGGCACAUCAUUGGAGGACCAUGUAACAGUGUCCUUCCUUGGACUUUUUGUAAUUGCUGCAGUUAAUUUUUUAAAUGUGACUAUCAUGAUUGCUAUUUCAAUUCAAAUCAUCUCUUGUUUCUGUAAUUUCAAGUUAUUCACUGUCACACUGUACAAGACUCAUAUAUUAGUUAAAAGGCUCACUCAAGUGUUUGUAAAAUGCACAUGUAUGAUGAAGUAAAGUGUGACAAAUCUUAAGGAGUGUUAAAACUAAGAUACUGAUGGCUGGAAACCUUCAACAAAUGUUGAUAAAUGCUCAAAUAUUGUCUUUGAAGUCUGCAGUUUUGAUAAGCAUUAGUCACACGUUUCAACAAAAGGCUUAAAGGUAAAGUGAUCCUUGUGUUUGUGUUUGAGUUCUUGUAGGUGUUUGGUUUUCUCAUUUUUUCAUUGACUGUAUCGGCGUGGGUUCACUCCCCCUAAAAACAGAAUAUUUUUCUUAGUUUAAGUGUAUUUUUUUCUGCAAUUUCAGUAUCAAAGAGUAAAAAAAAUAUUAUUAAAAAUAGGGUUUUCAUAUGCAUUACUGGGGGGAAAAUUGGUGCCAAAACAUGAGCGAGUCCCAUGAAGGGAAAACCAGUAUUGAGUAAUCACUUUUCUUAACAAGAAUUAUACUACAGGCAUGUUGCUAUUGCUAUUUUCUCUGGAUGUUUUUUUUUUAAAUCUGAUAUGUUGUUUCAAAUUUUUCAGAUUAAAAAUAUAGAAAAUGGAUUGGUGACAGUGGAUGGUAAGAGGGUCACACCAGAGUUUAAGUUGCAAUCCAACCAACUUAUUGAAAACAAACUACAUAGACAUGAAGGGCCUGUGCUGGACACACCUAUACAGAUAAUAGCGGACACAGAAGAUGUGUUAGUGGUCAACAAGCCCUCAUCCCUCCCUGUCCAUCCCUGUGGCCGAUAUCGACACAACUCUCUCUCCUUCAUACUCGAACAUGAGAAGGGAUACACUAACCUUAGAACCCUGUAUAGACUGGACCGGCUGACAUCAGGCGUUCUUAUAAUGCCAAAGAAUGCAAAGACAUCGAGCAAAAUGGAGUCUCAGCUUGAACGACGGCUGCUUCAUAAAGAAUAUGUUUGCAGGGUGGUGGGAAAAUUUCCGGAUGGAGAGAUUGAGUGUCACGAGCCCCUGGACCUGUUGUCUCGUCGCCUGUCCAUGUAUGGAGUGAAACCCACAGGAAAACCUAGCUCUACAACAUUUACCCGUCUCAGCUACAACGGGACAUCCAGUGUGGUCAAAUGUGUUCCACACACCGGUCGCACCCAUCAAAUAAGGGUCCAUCUGCAGUACCUUGGUCACCCCAUUGUAAAUGACCCACUGUAUAACAGUACAGCAUUUGGAUCCAGCAAAGGGAAGGGGGGAAUCAUUGAACGCUCAAUGGAAGAGCUGGAGAAAAUAAUUGCAGAGACGAACAAUGUAGGUACAUGGGCGAUAGGGGACAAUCCAGACUAUGUAGCCAAGUUUGGUGAAGAUGGAUUGAAACCAGCACCUGCAGACACUUUACCUGUGGAAGAUGAGGAAGAGGAGGCUGAUACUGACAGUGAUGUGGUAGAUGGUGGGGGUGCUUACUUUGAUGAGGACAGGGAAAAGGUUGAGAUUGGUGGGGAUAGUGUUGAUAGUGGUGAAGGUAGAAGUGUUGCUGAUAUGCGUAAAGACUGCAGGGAUGGUUUAAUUGAUGAACAAGCUGUAAUUGAUGAAGUUAAAGAUGAACUGGUUGAGGGUGGAAGAGGUGAUACUAAAGAUAUUGGUAGAACUGAUAAAAGUGCAGAAAACGUGAUGAGCAUGUGUGAUGAAACUGACAUAAAUGUGACUUCAGCUAUAAAUGAUAUUGCUACACAAGAAUUUUCAACUGAGAGACCGUUGAAAAGGCCAAAACUAGAAACAGAUAAACAUACUACUCCGGCAGUUAUAAAUACAGAAAGUGCUCACACUACUAUCACACACGAGAAGCCAGCACGGCCGGUGUUUGAGCGGCGUAAAUUGACGGUGGACCGCCACUGUGACAUGUGCAGAAAGCUGUAUAUGGACCCAAAACCCCAGGACCUGAUCCUAUACCUGCAUGCUGUCCGAUAUAAGGGUCCUGACUGGGAGUACAGUACCGAGUUGCCACCAUGGGCCCUGGAAGAUUUUGUGGAGACAGAAACCAACAGAACCACGAUACACUGUGCUAAGAACCUUGCCACCAAUGUAUGAACUGUAUGGUAAAUAAACCAGAGUCCUCUAUAUUGUGGCUGCCGAUGUAUGAACUGUAUGGUAAAUAAACCAGAGUCCUCUAUAUUGUGGCUGCGGUUGAUUACCAAUACAUGGAUGGAUCUGCUACAAUGGGGCCCAGGGAGAGUUUGUGGAGCCGGAAAUCAGCAGAACUGCUAUAGAAUGUUCUCUGAACUGGGACACUGGGUUGUUGUGAAUGAACAGGAGAUAUAAUGAUUUCUGUUGCUGCAGUUUAGAAUGAGUAAUGGUACCAUACUGUAUUUGUUUGAUAUUUUCAAUUUUCACUCAGUCCUCGCAAAACAGUCUUCAUAAAAAAUUGUGUUGAUGCUUAUUUCAUAGCCAAACAAAAGCUUUUUUAUAUUUGUUAUUCAUUGAUCAUUUAUUUUAAUGUAAUUUUGUUCAUACAACAAUAUUAAAUAAUUGGUAUUAGU